GGACAGUGCUACCCAGGUGGGUUUUGGCAGUUCCUUGAGUUUGUGGGUUUGGCACGCUGUGCCAUGUGCUGGCAUGUGCGCGGCUGCAGCAAGUGAGCUGUCGCUUGGGGUUGUAUGACAAGGUAGUGGUUGUUGAUGCCUGUUUCGGAGGAGUGAGGGUCACUGAAGCCCCUCUCCCAGUCAAUGCAGGGCAGGGCUAGGUGAUGGGUUUGUCCCAGGGACCAGAUCCGAGACCCAUUAAACCCAUCCGCUGCUGAGGUCCCUGCACUGCCAUUGUGAGGAGUUGCAGAUGCUUUGAGCCCAGCCAAGUGUCUGGCUUGUGGAUGAGAAGCCAUCAUUGGCUACAAGAGGGCUUUGAGGAACAAGUCUCCAUUGUGCAGCCUCACGUGGGGUCCUAUAGCUCAACAGUGGUGGGUUUCCCAUCCACACUGUGGUGGCCGGAGGCACAAGCUGACGCUGGACUCAGUGCUUGAGCUCUGGCAGUGAUUUGGAUCGUGCACCGGCCCUUGGAGCCAGCUGAUCUCGAGGAGCAUCAGGCAUGGAAAAGCCAGGCUGCGUGCCCUCCCCAGCCCAAGCACGCGGCAGGCAUCCUGCAGCCCAAGGUGCGAUGCUGGCAGAGCCGCGGCCUCAUCCAGAGAGCAGCUGUGCCGCGAUGGUGUGGGAGCGCUUCCCGGGAGCACUGAGAUCAGCGGGUGCGGCUGGGAUUCCUCAGCUCCCGCUGGAGCUGUCUGGCGGCUGAUAUACAGCGAUGUUAUUGCCAGAAGCGUUGCCUCAGCAACUGCAAUGCAGCCCCCGCCGCCCCUCGCCUGCUGGGAUGGGGCCGGCUGGGUCUCCCUGCUCGGUGUGGGGCAGCGGCCGGGAGCCGGUGCCUCGCUCCCCACUGGCUUUGUGCCGGGGAUGGGUUCCUCUUCCCAGCUGCCGGCGGAAGGGCCGGUUGUUUACGGGUCAGAGGGUGUGGGAAGGGGUAAGCACACCCUAAGCGCAUUAGCAGAUGGGGAGCGAGCAGGCAGCCAAGUUGGACGGAGGCUGCGAUGCUGCGGGAGCCGGCUGGAAGGAGCUGCACCCCGAGGGACGGGCUGGGGGCACAGCGGGCGACUCCUGCCCGGUGAGGAGCCAGCAGCAGCCUGUGCCUGAGAGUGCCUGGCGUCUCCGAGCGGGCACCAUGGAGGCUCCCGGCAGGGCUCCUGCCAGCCCAGCCCGCAGAGUCCAGACCAUCAUCCAGAACAGCCCCCUGGACCUGAUCGACACGGGCAAGGGGCUGAAGGUGCAGACGGAGAAGCCGCACUUGGUGAGCCUGGGCAGCGGCCGGCUCAGCACCGCCAUCACUCUCCUGCCCCUGGAGGAAGGGAGGACCACCAUCGGCACAGCUGCGACAGACAUCAUCCUGCAGGGCCCUGGCCUGGCGCCCCAGCACUGCUACAUCGAGAACGAGAGGGGGACGCUCACCCUGCACCCCUGCGGCAACGCCUGCGCCAUCGACGGCGUGGCGCUCCAGAGGCCCACGCGCCUCACCCAGGGGUGCACCAUCUCUUUGGGCCAGGCCACUUUCCUCCGCUUCAACCAUCCUGCCGAGGCCAAGUGGAUGAAGAGCAUGAUCCCGGCGGGAGGCAGGAGCCCGGCGGCUUCCUUUGGGCUACCAGCAAAGCCCGAGGCCCUGGUGAACGGCAGCCACCAGCCGGCUGAGCACGGGCGCCCCAGCCACAGCUCCCUGGUCAGCUCCAUCGAGAAGGACCUGCAGGACAUCAUGGACUCGCUGGUGCUGGAGGAGCCGGCGUCCUCUGGCAGCAAGAAGCCACCCACCCGCGGCCGAUCCCCCUUGUCCCCCAUGGUGAACGGGGGUGGCCGUUGCCUCCUGUCCCCCCCGGCCAGCCCUGGCACAGCCUCGGGGGGCUCCAGCUACGAGAAUGCCUCCCCAGCCUUCUCCCCACUGUCGUCGCCGGCCAGCAGCGGCGGCUGCACCAGCCCCUCGCCCAGCAGCAGCCAGGAGCAGGGCCCGGCCAUGCCCCCCCUCGUCCCGCUCCGCUCCUCCAGCUACAACCACACCGUGCAGCCCCCUCAGCGCCCGCCCGGCGGGGGUCCCGGUGAGCCUUGGCCACCCGAGAAGCUGGGGGACCCCCGUGCGAGCAGCCCCCGGCUGACCCCCAGGGCGGCUCCGCGGGCGCGGGGAGCCCUGCAGGAUCGGCCCCCCAGCCCCUUUCGGGAGGUGCGGGACCCCUCGGCCGCCAGCCGGCAGCCCCUUGGCAGGACGGCCCCCGAGCCCCGGCUGCAGCCCCCCGAGAGCCCGCGGGCAGCUCGCAGGAACGUGGAGAGCAUGCGGGAGCUGCCCCCCCUGAGCCCCAACUUGUCGCGACGGGCCCCCAGCCCCCGGGCAGCCCCCGACACCCCCUCUUUGCAGCCCCGGCUGGGCAGGGAGGUGCCCGGCAGCCCCCGUGCCAGGCGCAAGGGGCUGGAGGAACCGAGGGGUGCCGGGAGCCCUUCGCCCCCGCUGCCAGCGGAGACCCCUCCGCGCCGCCCCAGCUUUGGCUCCUGCCUGAGCCCCGCGUACGGGCUGGGCUCCCCGGCCGUGCCCUCGCCCCGGCAGAGCCCCCGCGUCCCCAGGAAGCUGUUGGGGGACCCCCGGCUGCCAACGGGGCCUCGAGAGCGCAAGAACAGCAUCACCGAGAUCAGUGACAAUGAGGAUGAGCUGCUGGAAUACCACCGGCGGCAGCGGCAGGAGCGGGUGCGGGAGCAGGAGAUGGAGCGCCUGGAGCGGCAGCGCCUGGAGACCAUCCUGAACCUCUGCGCCGAAUACACCAAGACCGACAGCGCCGAGCCGGGUGACAUGCACUGGCUCCUGGCUGGCGACGCGGAUGCUGGCCGGCGGCUGCCCAGGGGUGCCGUGGCGCUGGGUAGAGCCGUUGAGGAGCUGCGGCAAAGGGAGAGUCUGGAGAGGUCGGACGAGGAGAACCUGAAGGAGGAGUGCAGCAGCACUGAGAGCACCCACCACGAGCACGAGGAGCUGGCUGGCCCCCGAGCCAAGGAGGCACAGCGGCUGGAGGAGGAGCGCGCUGGCAUCCUCGGCCACCUGGACCAGCUGAAGAGCCGUGUCAAGGAGCUGGAGCAGCAGCUGCAGGAGACGACACGAGAGGCAGAGAUGGAGCGGGCGCUGCUGCAAGGCGAGCGGGAAUCGGAGGCGGCGCGGCUGCGGCAAGAGCAGGAGUUGGCACAGCAGCUGCAGGAGAAGCUCUCCAGCCUGGACAGCAGCAUCUGGAAGGAGCGGGACAAGGAAAGGGCAAAGGUUGAUGCUGAAAGGAAGGAGCUAGAGCACCUCCGGGCGCUUUACCAUGAGUCGAAGAGCCACCUUGCUCAGUGCCCCGAGUCAAUGCGGGAGCAGUUGCGGGAGCAGAUGCGAAGGGAGGCGGAGGUGCUGGAGACGGAGGCCAAGCUGUUUGAGGACCUGGAGUUCCAGCAGCUGGAGCGGGAGAGCCGCCUCGAGGAGGAGCGGGAGGCACGGGGACAGCAGCUCCUGCAGAGCCGGGCUGAGUGCCACCGCAGCAUCGCCCGAAGGAAGGAGCGAGUGGCCGCACUGGAUGCUCAGGCUGCCCAGAUCCGGCUGCAGAGCACUCAGGAGGCCGAGCGCCUGGCCAGGGAGAGGAACAGCGUCCUGCAGCUCCUGCAGAAGGAGAAGGAGAAACUCGUGUCUCUGGAGAGGCGAUACCAGCUCGUCACCGGUGGCAGGACCUUCCCCAAAAUGUCCUCAGCUCUCAGGGAGGAGACCCUCCACAUCUCAGAGCCUUUUGAGCUGUUGGAGGGAGCUCAGCCCCUGAGCCCCCUGCCAGCAGCCGCUGCCUCCUUAGCUUCUCCUGCUACCCGCUCCUACCCCAAGGCACAAGAGUACAUGACUGUUGAGCAGCUCUCGGGCAUCCUGGGCGGCCUCCGUGCCACUGCCGCUUCGCCACUGGGCUGCACCCCUCCAGCACCUUCAUCCUCAGGCUGCGCUGCUCCUCCUCCUCUUCUUGCAUCUCACUCUUCUCUCUCCAUCUCUGCAGAGAUGGAGCCGCAGACACCGGUGGGCCCCGCGUGGCUCCCGGCUCUUGAUUUAGAGAAGUGGUACCAGGAGGUCAUGGCUGGCUUUGAGACCUCCUCUUCUUCUGUCUCUCCUCCUUCUUCCCCUCCUCCACUUCCAGCUAAAGCUCACUCCUCUCACAAACCUCUUCAGGUCUAUCGUGCCAAAACAGAGGGCGACACCGGUGCCCUCCCCUCUCGGAUGAAGAGCGGGACCCCCUCAUCCUCACAGCUCAACCUCUCCGUACUGGGGCGCAGCCCCUCACCCAAGCUGACCGCCUGCCCUCCUGCCCAGGGCCCCCCGAGCCCCGCGGGCAGCCUGCCCCGCAACCUGGCCGCCACGCUGCACGACAUCGAGACCAAGCGCCAGCUGGCCCUGCAGCAGAAGGCCGAGCCGCUCCCGGCAGAGCCCUUGCAGCAGGGCAAUCUACCAGGUCAGCAGGUGAUCGAGGAGCAGAAGCGGCGACUGGCGGAGUUGAAGCAGAAAGCGGCCGCCGAGGCUCAAUCCCAGUGGGAAGCCCUGCACGGGCAGCCUCCCUUCCCCACUGCCUUCCCCCAGCUCGUGCAUCAUUCCAUCCUCCACCAUCACCGUCCCCACGGCAGCGGGUCCCGCGCUGAGGAGCUGGACCACGCGUACGACACCCUGAGCCUGGAGAGCUCGGACAGCCUGGAGACCAGCAUCUCCACCGGCAACAACUCUGCCUGCUCGCCUGACAACAUCUCCAGUGCCAGCGGGAUGGAAGCGGGGAAGAUUGAGGAGAUGGAGAAGAUGCUGAAGGAGGCACACGCGGAGAAGUCACGGCUGAUGGAGUCUCGGGAGCGCGAGAUGGAGCUGCGGCGGCAGGCACUGGAGGACGAGCGCCGGCGCCGGGAGCAGCUGGAACGGCGGCUGCAGGACGAGACCGCGCGGCGACAGAAGCUGGUGGAGAAGGAGGUCAAGCUGCGGGAGAAGCACUUCUCGCAGGCUCGUCCCUUGACGCGGUACCUCCCCAUCCGCAAGGAGGAUUUCAACCUGCGGCUGCACAUCGAGUCCUCAGGCCACAACGUGGACACCUGCUACCACGUCAUCCUGACGGAGAAGAUGUGCAAGGGCUACCUGGUCAAGAUGGGCGGCAAGAUCAAGUCUUGGAAGAAGCGCUGGUUCGUCUUUGACCGCAUGAAACGCACUCUCUCCUACUACGUGGAUAAACACGAGACAAAGCUGAAGGGCGUCAUCUAUUUCCAAGCCAUCGAAGAGGUUUAUUACGACCACCUCCGCAGCGCGGCGAAGAGCCCCAACCCCGCCCUCACCUUCUGCGUCAAGACCCACGACCGCCUCUACUACAUGGUGGCCCCCUCGGCGGAGGCCAUGCGCAUCUGGAUGGACGCCAUCGUCACCGGUGCCGAGGGCUACACCCAGUUCAUGAGCUGAGGGACGCCGCGCUGGGGGCUGCCGGGGCAGGGCAGCCGGGCGGGGCACCGGCAGUGCCGACUUUUGUAUGGUGACUUUAUAAAAGCGGAG